AGAACCCUCAUUAAUACAAUAUACCAUUCCUAUGUCCUCUGGUUUCUGCUUGGUAGGAUUAGUGAAGCUAUUGAAUCAUAUCUGUUUCCUUCAUCAAAGUUGAGAAUUUCUCACCUAUUGCUUCAUAGUGUAGAUGUCACAGCUACAAGCUGGUUUUCUUUUUAUUGUCUUAAUUUUGUUGGUGAUAGUAUUAAUAUCCUAAUUUAGUUGUCAUAAUGCUUAACUCAUUGAGUAUCAUUUGAAUUCUUGGUGUAAUUGAUAAAUAUCCAUGGUUGUUUCUGAGAGAAUUUGGUAUUUUAUUUACCUAUAUUCUCCGCACACUUUCUCAACUGUUGUUUAAAAUUGAUCAUUUAAGAAAUUUGGCCACUGUCUGUUAUUUCAAUAUGAUGGAAAAGAGUAGAGCAAUUCGCCUGAAUCAUGAGGGAUGUACAUAGCAUCGGUCUAUUCCAUGACCAGAUAUGAUCAGAUGGAAUGAAGUUGGUUUUAAGUUUCAUCUACUCUCCCAUUGUCACUCUAUAACAUUGGAGCAUUUGCUAGGUAAGAAACCAUCCGAAUGUGUAUUGCCUAUCAAGAAAACUAUUUGAGAUGCUAUAAAUAUGAUUGAUGUGAUACAUAUGUAUAUCUACAUAUAAUGAUGCCAAGGUUAUGAAAACAUUGUUUAAUAAUAGCGUGCAAAUAUUCAGAAUGACUCAUGACACAUGGAUGAAUAUAAGACAUAUGUGUGUGUAAAUGUCUAUCUGUCUAUCAAUCAUCUAUCAUCUAUCUAAUCUAUCUAUAGGAAGAAUUAUAUACAUACACACACAUAUGUAAAGUUAACCUCCUAGGCAUUUAUUUCAAUUUCACUUUCUCAAUUAUCAUUCAUUCUCCCUUAGCUAUCUAUCAUUCAUUGUGUACUUCUGACCUUUCCAGCCUGUACUCCAUAAAAGCUCCUUGUUAUUCUUCUGUGCUCCUGGAAUCUCUUUCAGACAGGGUUUGCUUACUUCUAAAUUAUUAAGCAUUUAAUCAUGUUUUCCAAUAGUGCUUUUAGCAUUUCAAUUUUUCUAGGAAGGGCCUUGAUCUAGUUUGUAUUGAUUUGUGUGUAGGGUGAGAGAUCUGGAUCUAACGUCACUCAUCUGCACGUGGAUAAUCAAUCGUUUUCCCAGCACCGAGUGUUCAAAGGGCUCUCUCUUUCCUGGGUUUGUUGUUGACAUAUGUAGCUUAUAUCAUCUCUCUGGUAUAUGUUCAUUUCUAUAUUUCCUGUUCUAGUCAAUUUUCUACAUGGUUCUUUAUGUGCGGGAUCAUGCUAUCUUUGCCUUGUGCCUCUGAGUUAUGAUGUAUGAUCAGAUCCUGUGAUACCCCCAGGAAUACCCUUUCUUAGGAUUAAUUUUGAUACAUGUGACUUUUCUGUGUCCAUGUGACUGUUUCCUUAUCUACUUUUGUGAAAAAUAUCAGUAUUUGGCUGAUGGAGAUUGCUUCGAAUCCACUGGUUGCUGUUAGUAAUAUUUUCACCAUGGCUUUUGGAGAGUUUGGGUAAGUCCAUUUCCUUGUGUACUCUUAUUUUUUAUUUUUUUUUUCCCUGAAUACCUUAGGGAUUUCUUCAUAAAAGCAAAGUCAUCAUUACUUAGUCUUAUUCCUAGAUCUUUUUAAUGCAACCUAAAUGGGUUUAAUUUCUAAUUUACUUCUAAAAUUGUCAUUAUUGACAUAUAGGAAAACUAGUCAUUUUGUGUGUUAGUUUUGAGUUUUUUCAAAAAUAGUUAAAACACUUAUCAAGUCUGAGGUUCCCCCUGGAGUAUGUGAAGACCUUUUUGUGUGAUUGUAUAUAAUCAUUAAAAAGGAAUUUGGUGCCUUUCUCUCCUACUUGUUUCUCCUUUCUCUCCUUGUCUUAUUCAGAUGUCUCUGGCCCACUCUUAUGGCUCUGGAUUAAGUGAGACUGGAGAGCACAUGCAUCUUUCUUUCUUGACCGUUUUCCUGCUAAUGCCUGUCAGUUUUCUCUGUAGUGUACUGUUGACCUAGGUGUAACAUACAUGCCCUUUACGUGUUGAGCCGAGUUACAUUUUUUUUUUCCUAGUACCUUUAGGAGUUUAUCACAAAAUCUUAUUGAACUGUGUCUUUUGACAUUUCCAUUUCUACUGAGAUUUUCAUAUCACAGGGCUUUUAUUUGUUAUGUUUUUUUUUAAUAUUGUAGUUGGUAAAGUUACUAUUAGUAUUUUUCUGUCUUCUAGUAAGAAAUAGUGUUUUGCUGGUUUUAUGUGUUGACCAUGGUCUGUUAUUCCUCCGCUCUCCUCUAUUUAUCUGUUCCUUAUGUAAAAUGUCUUAUUUCCUGUGUCCUUGUGGAUAACUUCUCUCUGAUUUUUCUAAGUAUAAUUUGCCUCUAAUUAUGAUCUGCAGCGCUGCCUGAGUGGAUGACCUUUGUUAUUUCACAACUUUCUUCAAGUACAUGUCUCUAUGGAUUUUAAGAGCCAGUUUUUCUGAGUGCAGUGACAUGGUUCACAGUUACUUUCUGUCAGCACUCCAAAUGUAUCCUUCCAUGCUUUCUUCUCUAUAGGAAUGUUGACAAGACUGCUAAUACAUUUUGAUUUGGGGGUCUUUAUAUGUAGUUUGGCACUGUCUAUAACAGAGUUGGAUUAAUUUUAGUUUUAUAUUUUUGACUCCUUGAUGUGAAAUGUCAAGAAGCAUUCCAGUCUUUGUUCCUGAGACAGAAACUCAGAGAAGAGCAACUGGGAGAAUGGCCGCUUCCCCGAUAAAUGUGCCCCAGGAUCCAUUGACAUUCAGGGAUGUGACUGUGGACCUGUCCCAGGAGGAGUGGGAAUGUUUAGACUGUGCUCAGAGAACUUUGUACAUGGAUGUGAUGUUGGAGAAUUACAGCAAUCUAGUCUUUGUAGAGAACCAUCAUAUAUGCGGAAAAUAUAAGAAAUUCCUGGAUCAAGGCUCAAAGCAUAUUUUCCAUCAGCAUGUGAAUAUCCAAGAGAAGUCUUAUAAAUGUAGUGAGCUUGGCAAAAUAAUUCAUGAAUCCUCCCAAUAUUCAACUUGUGACACAAGUGAUACUGCAGAAGACUACAUUAAGUACAGAUGUGGUAACCACAAGGGUGCUUCUAUUGAGUCAUCAGUCAUAAAGAGGCAUAAAAAUGGGGACUCUGGAGAAGAACCUUGCAAAUUUAAAGACUGUGUGAAUUGUUUAAAUUUGUUUCCCAUCAGUCAAAAUCAAAGAAACCACUCGAACUUCAGUAUACACCAGAAAAAUCAUUCUGGAGAAAAACCUCACAAAUGUAAAGCCUGUGACAAGUGCUUUUAUCAGUUGUAUCAGGUUAAAUACCAUUACAAAACUCAUACUGGAGAGAGACCUUACAAAUGCAGUGAAUGUCACAAACGCUUUAGUCAGCUGACACACCUAAGAAGCCAUCAGACAAUUCAUACAGGGGAGAAACAUUACAAAUGUAAUGAAUGUGGCAAAAGAUUUAGCCGACUGACAUACCUAAGAACCCAUCAGCGAAUUCAUACUGGAGAAAAACCUUACAAAUGUAGUGAAUGUGACAAAUGCUUCAUCCAGAAAGCCCAACUUACAAUACAUCAGAGAAUUCAUACAGGAGAAAAACCUUACAAAUGCAGUGAAUGUGAGAAAUCCUUUACAUGUUGCUCAGGUCUUAGAAAACAUCAGCGAAUUCAUACCGGAGAGAAACCUUACAAAUGUAGUGAAUGUAAGAAAUCCUUUACUAGUGGCUCAGAUCUUAGAAGACAUCAGAAGAUUCAUACUGGAGAGAAACCUUACAAAUGCAGUGAAUGUGACAAAUGCUUUAUUCAGAAAGUCCAACUUACAAUACAUCAGAGAAUUCAUACGGGAGAGGAACCUUACAAAUGCAGGGAAUGUGUCAAAGUCUUUACCCACCUCUCAGGUCUAAGAAAACAUCAGAAAAUUCAUAGUAGGGAGGGAAAGUUUCCAUUAGUAAAUAAUGUGGCACAUGCUUUAUCCAAGUUCUCUUCUUAGGAACCAUUGCAGGCUUCACACUAGAGAAUCAUUAUGAACAUGAGAAACUUCCAAAAUCUUGUAAGUAAUGUUCAAAUUGUAGAAAAGAUCAAGAGUUUAUAUUGAGGAAAAAUUAUUCAAAUAUGAUUAUGUAGGAAAAUUUUCGUUAAGUCGUUCUACUUUUUCAACCUCAAAUACUUCAUAAUGAAGACAAAAUGGAAAAGCCUGAAGAAUAUGCUGUUAUGUAACCAUUUCCUGGAAACUGAAAUGUUCCAUCCUGAAGGAAAGUGAUUAAGACAGGAAAUGAAAACCCCCAAAUAACUCAGGAAGUCCCUGAAACUGACAGGAUUCACUCUGGUUAACUCCCAUGAAGAAACUCAGAUCACUCUGCUAUUUAGAAGAGGUUUUUGACAAACUGAACCACCAAAAUAGGAUGCCCUUUAACCUGUAGAUAUGCCUGCAUGUGUACAGUGUGCUCCAGGUGUCCAGUGUUCAAAAGCUGUGUUCCAUGCUGGGUUUGAGUUUCCUGAUGGCGGCUAUCUUUGAGUCCCUCUUGUUCCUUUAAGCACCUCUUUUCCCAUAUUUCUCUGAGUAUCCCCAAUAAAGCUCAUUGGUUCGACAAGA